GCUGCGAACCCCGCGGCCCGCGCCGGCCGAAGUCGAUGGCUGCUGCCGGCCGAGAACUCCUCCUGGGAGCUCCUAACUGAAGGGAGACGUGCUGAUUUCCCCAAGCCUCCAGUUCCCCUGUCACUGAAGAGGUCCCCAGGAUUGCAUUGGGAAGAGAGUGGAACCGACAGUUCGCAAGAUGUCGGAUGAGAGCCUGUCCAGUUUGGAUGAGGGAGCCCUGCGAAAGCUGCUGGAGGUCACCCUGGACCUGGCCGAACGGCGCCGGAUCCGCUCGGCCAUCCGGGAGCUGCAGCGGCAGGAGCUGGAGAGAGACGAAGAAGCCCUAGCCUCCAAGCGCUUCCGCUCAGAGCGCCAGGAGAACAAAGAGAACUGGCUGCAUUCCCAGCAGCAAGAAGAGGAACUGCGGGCGGCCUUGGCAGCACUGUCUAGGAAGCUUGAGUCCAUCAGCGAUGUAGAAGAGCUGACCACCCUGCUACGAGGAGCCGGCGAAUACGAGGAGCGGAAGCUGAUCCGUGCUGCCAUCCGCCGGGUGCGGGCUCAGGAAAUUGAGGAGGCUACUUUGGCUGGGAGACUGUGCAGCAGUGGCAGCUGCCGAGGAGAGAGUGAAACAAGGGCAGCCCGAGGAACAGCUCGGGGAGGCCGUGAGCGUAAAGGCAGCAACUCAGAGGAACGAGAAGAGCCAGUGGAGCAGGAGCAGAUUGGGAUCCGAGUCCAGGUCCAGGUCCAGAUCCAGGAGCUGCACGGUGAACGGCAGGAGGAGGCGUCCUCUGGCCCACACUCCAAUGAUAUGGCUUCUGGGACCCUCUUGAUCCUGGACCCGCCCGGCCCCCAGCCCCCAAGCCUGCCCACCCCACCCUCUACACCUUCCUCCCCAGAGCCCCCCCAGAACCAAGAUGGGGCAGGAAGUAGGGACUCAGUUCCUGAUGAGGCGGAGGAGUUGACUGGCAAGAGGCCUAGCAGCCCCACGUGGAAAGAACCGCAGCCUCAGAGCUCCUUCAGAACGGACAGCCCCAGUGAGCAGGAUGGGGAAGAGGAGGCCAGCCCUGCAGCAGCCUCCGGCAGCCUGGAGCCUAUGGUGGGAUUGAAGAAAGGGAGAAGAGACCCCAAGGACCCCCCACCCCAAAAGCCCAGCAAUGCUGACCAAAGCAGGGAGCUCCUUCCCGGACACAGAGAUCAGGCGGCCGAGAAGACGGUGACAGUCCCAGAGAGGAGGAGAGCUGAGCCCCUUCGUGACAUCCCGAGCCCGACCAGGCCCCUAAGCCAUCGCUUCUGUGAACGUUCCUUGUCACUGCGCACCCCACGCACGACUCAAGCUACAGAGCCCCCGGGGGCAGGCCCAGCUGGCCCUUCCCCCUUCCAGAGGGCCAACUCUGUCCGCGACCGGGCCCGCAAAUUCACCUCGGAGGCGCCCACCCCGCCUCCCCCAGGCCCUGGACAACGUGGCUUCAGCACCCCCCGAGGUCCCCGCAUCCUGCAGCAGCGGUUCCUCACCCCUGGCUCUGCGGAAUGGACUCAGGGUGGGGGCCGGGGGACCCUGAGCUCACUCCGGAGCAAACCGGAGGGUGGUGCCCACCCAGCUCGGGCGGCCGAGCCCCCGGGCAGCGCACAAGGCGGACUCACGGGCGGUACGCGGGGCCGGCCCUCCCCGCGGGGGGAGCCGGGGACGCCGGGGUCCGCCCCCUUGUCCCGGGGCACCGGCGGCAGCAGAAGCAGGAGUGGGAGCAGCUCCUCCAGGCAGGGAGAGAGUGGCUUUGCCAGCACGGGGGCUGAGGAAUCGGGCUGCCCUAAAGAGGAGGCCUCCGUGGGGCGGAGCCUGCUGACGUCCCAGGGAAGGCCCCUUGAAAACGGAGAGAGGGGCCCCUGUCCCAGCUCAGAAGAGCCCAGCUCCCUGCCCAGCACUGCCGAGUCCAGCCAGGGGAGCAGUGCUAGGGAGCCCUAUGCUGGGGCCACCGAGAGCAACAUGAAGACAACUUUUACCAUCGAGAUCAAGGACGGCCGCAGCCAUCCAAUUAGCAGCCGCGUGGUGGGCCCCGCAGGCAACCAGCGGGCAGAGUUAACACUGGGCCUGAGAGGUGGCCCCAUCCACUUCACCACCACCACCACCAGCAGCAGCAGCAGCAGCAGCAGUAGCAGGAGCCUUGGGCCCACCAGCCAUACCGCCAGCCCUGUCAGCCUUGGCCACGCCAGUGGUACCUCGGGCACCCGCACCCACAUCAGCAGCAUUAACAAUGUCACCCACGUUAGCCGAAUGGGUGAGGUUAACAAGAUGGACCCAGAGCUGGAAGAACCGCCCGCUGUGGAGGAAACGGAGGUAGCCAACGGCACGGAGAAAGGCCGGCCAGCAAAGGAACCAGACAAGCUGAGCCCCAAGGAGCUGAAUGCCAUUGAGGAUGAAAGCAUUCUUGAUAAGAUGCUGGACCAGACCACAGACUUUGAGGAGCGGCGACUGAUCCGGGCGGCGCUGCGGGAGCUGCGGCAGAAGAAAAGAGACCAGCGGGACAAAGAGAGGGAGCAGCGACUGCAGGAGGUGAAGCACCGGUCGGGUGAGGGGCGGGGCAGCCAUGCCACCGAGACCACCACCCGGCAGAGCCACAAGUCAGCUGACGGCUCAGCUGUCAGCACGAUAACCAAGACCGAGCGGCUCAUCCACUCCAACGAUGGCAGCAAAACCUCCCGGGUGACCACGGUGGAGUCGAGCUACGUGAAGCGGUCGGAGAAUGGCAGCGGCGGCAGUAGCUUCGUUCAGACUAAAUCCUUCAGUUCCUCCUCCAAGAAGACGGGCAGCAUCUUUGAUCGGGAGGACAAUUCACCCUCGCGGGCCGGCAGCCUGGCCGCUCUGGAGCGGCGCCAGGCAGAGAAGAAGAAGGAACUGAUGAAGGCCCAGAGCCUCCCCAAGACCUCAGCCUCCCAGGCACGCAAAGCCAUGAUCGAGAAGCUGGAGAAAGAGAGCGGCAGCAGCCCUGCUGGCUCCCGGGUGACCGUACAGCGCUCCACCAGCUUUGGGGUCCCCAAUGCCAACAGCAUCAAGCAGAUGUUGCUGGACUGGUGCCGAGCCAAGACCCGAGGCUAUGAGCAUGUGGACAUCCAGAAUUUCUCAUCCAGCUGGAGUGACGGCAUGGCCUUCUGCGCUCUGGUCCACAACUUCUUUCCCGAAGCUUUUGACUAUGGCCAGUUGACACCCCAGAAUCGGCGCCAGAACUUCGAGGUGGCCUUUUCCUCCGCAGAGACGCACGCUGACUGCCCCCAGUUGCUGGAUACGGAGGACAUGGUUCGGAUGCGCGAGCCGGAUUGGAAGUGCGUUUACACGUACAUCCAGGAGUUUUACCGCUGCCUGGUCCAGAAGGGGCUGGUAAAAACCAAAAAGUCCUAAUUCCCCCACAGAAACCGAUGGAUGCUGGUGGACUGUGUUCCUCUGGUGGAAGUGGAAGACAUGAUGAUUAUGGGCAAGAAACCCGACUCCAAAUGCGUCUUCACCUAUGUGCAGUCCCUCUACAACCACCUGCGUCGCCACGAGCUGCGCUUACGGCAAAAAGAAUUCUAGAGCGCACCUCCCCACACCCACCAUGGCUCAGAGGAGACAACUCUCCUUGGCCCACCCACUGAGCUCCGCGCGUGCAUGUGUAUCUUGUCUGUAUGCAUGUGUGUAUGCGUGUGUGUCUGUGUAUGGAGUGGCUCUGCUGUUCCAGCAUCAAGCCGCAUUUCCUUCUGGCCAGAGGAGGCCCAUCAGGAGCCCCCCGCCCCGCAACCCCACUCUCCACCCCCUCCCCACAAUUGGAGCUCCACCACCUUUUUAUAAAUUAUUAAUUCUCAAGCCUCUGGGGUCAUUUCUCCUGGCUAGCUCACAAGGUUGCGGGUGAGCAGGUGGGAAGCAAGGGCAGAAGCUGGAGCUAUUUUGGAGGAUGUAGUGCAGCAGGGGUUGGGGGUAAAGGUGGAGAGUGCAAAGAUUCUGGGGGCUGAGCUGAAAGAGGACAGUCCCUGCGGCUGUUCCUAGGCCGAGAGGUCAUGUGGAGAGUUGGGAGUGAAGGCCAGGUUUCUGGGCAACACCGUCCAGGACCCCUCCCCAUCUACUUGUUUGCUCAAUUUCCCUUUCAUUUCCUCCAGCCCAGAUUCAGAAUCCCUGGGAGCCAGAAGGAUGGAAGACUUGGGGUUAGUGAUAUACACUCAGAGUUGGGCUUUAUGUUCAUGGCUUGGAGUGGAGAUUAUCAGCAUAUUCGAGUAUAUUAUGCAAACUAUCACUCUCACCCCAGGCACUGAUAUACCUGUCCCCAACCCACCAGUCUGUCUUAAACAUCACACUCUCCCACCUACGGGUUUACACCAUCCUCAUCUCCUCUCCCUCCUCACCACUCCCACUUUCCAGUCACCUCUUCCCCUGGCUGGCAGUCAGAAAACCUCCACCCUAAAGACACCUCUUGCUCGGGUGCUGCGGGGGGAGGAGGAAUUAGUCUAUUAGGGCCCAGGUCUUUUAGAGGGGAGGGAAUGCAGUGCUCAGCUCUGUCCCGCCCCCACUGCACACCCCAGUGCCUGUCCAUCCACCUGUGUGUAGCCUGCUGAUGGUAUGGAAUGGUUUGUGCACCGACCCUUUAUUAAACAUCAGAAUGAAAUAAAUUUACCUGUGAAUGUC